AUGGCCACGGCACUGAUAACCCCAUAUGUGCAGCCCAGCGGGUGUAUUUCGGCCUUCGAGCUCACUACCAUCACGACUAGCUUCGAAAGCACGCUCACAACAAUCACUGUCCUCGCAUCUGAUGCCGCAGCCCCAGACUUCUCGGUCUGUCAGCCGUCAUUAUGGGAUAGUGGGAGCACGACGGAUCUUUUUACCUUCAGUCCAGCCGUCUGCCCCCAGGACUGGACGUAUUACGAAAUGUCAUCGACCAAGCAGUACUCAGCUGCGUACUGCUGUGCUAGUGGUUUUGAAUUUCGAGCACCGGGGUAUGCUCUGCCUACGCCUGUGCUGAGCCCGGCAUGUGCGCGUACAAUCACAUCCGGCGACACCACCAUCACCGCGCCGCUGGCGUCUCACACAAAUACAAUGGGCACCUUCACCGAGGGGAUGAUAGUGCAUCGUGCAUGGCACGUCUCGUGGGCCGAAUCCGAUUUAGCGAGUAUGUCCCCAUCUCUCCCACCGCUGACCUCAGGGAAAUACCUGGCUACCUGGGAGCCGGGACAAAUCAUCACGGAUGGGGCAUAUGACCACCACAACGGCGACAAUAGCGGGGUGCGUGGGUGGCGUUCUGUGCUAUACUUUGCUGCUAUUGGAGUACCUCUUAUUUUUCUCGCUUUCAUCACAUGUGGGGGGUGGCUUUUGUGUCGUAAGCGGAUAAAGCGCCGUGCUCAGCAGGUUCCAGUCAAUAUGGAGCUUCGGGCUAAGUGA